UUUUGAAACGCGCUUUAUACUAUACACACCUUGGGCGUCGCAGUCCAAAACAACCUUUUCUUUUACUUGCCCUGACUACCGAAUUUUUGCCGGUUCUGGUGAAACUGUGAUAAUUUCUGCGAAAUGUUCGACGAUGGUUCUGGCGGCGGCGGUGGUGGUCGAGAUUCCGCCGAUGAGGACGAUUUUUUCAAACCAUCCUCCACCGGAUCAGGCGGAAAAUCUUCGUUGGCCAAAAUAUUCGGCCUCACGUCCAGCAAAGCGGCCAGUGUUCCGGACCGAAAGAAUCCCGUAAGUGUUGAGGCCCCAAAAUCGAUUAAAGUUUCGGAUCGAUACGGUCCCUCGAACUUCCGGUAUAUUCCUUCCACGGAACCGGACACCGAGGAGAAAGAACAAUCGGCCACUGAGGAGAAAAGUAAGCCUGCGGCAGAGUGGGUCAUCGUACGAGCAAGCAUCGUAUCUGCUUAUAAACUCGUCGAUAACGAGAACAAGUUCCUUGGCAAGGUUGGUCUGGUACUGCUCAAGUCUUCCACCGCUCAUCGGCUGCUGCUCUAUCGCACCAAAUCCGAUGUCCUGUGUGCGGCCACGCUAAACCGUGAGACAAAGCUACUCCUCAAGCAGGACUACCUGCAAUUCCGUGCCGAUGAAACGAACGAAUUUUGGAGCAUCCUUUUCGAAAGCGAAUCGGAUCGUGCCGUGAUGCUACCGCUUAUCGAGAAUUGUUGUACGAUCGAACGCGAGCCGCUGGUAGAGGAACCUGCCUCGGAACCGGAGAAAGAACCAGAAGAAGAACCAGCGAAGCAGAUCAACAACAACAACAACAACAGCAACAAUACCGGCAACAGCAACAGUCGCAAAAUACAACUCGUUGCCCGGAUGGCACGUAUGGGCCAAGCGAUCCCACUACCCCCGGAGAAGCAGCGCUUGAGUACCGAUGCACCACCGAUUCCUUCGUCACCUCCUGCACUUGCCGGUGGAUCGGAUUCCUCCGAUGAUACGUCCGAUUCGAAGAUUGAAACCAUUCCAUCCCGUUCCAUUCCCAUAGCCGCACGCCGUCCCAACGUGACGCACACACUGAACAUGCAGAUGGUGCCACUGGCGGGAAUGAUGACCACUACCGGCACCGGUGGCCACUCGGCGAACAGCACCGACGUGAAUCUUAACCUAAUCAUGAGCGAAACGCGCAUGCAAAACACGGAAGUGCGCAUGAACUUGACGAAACUGGAAUCGAAGCUGGAUCGUGUGCUUGAUCGUAUCGAUCUGCUGAGCGUGCACGGUGAUCGAGGUGCCAGCAGUGCACUGGAUAAAGACGCGGAACUCCUGCAACUCGAAGAGAAGGUUCUCGAUUUGAAACGAGACAACCAUUCGCUUCGAGCCAAACUGCAAUCCGAACAGCAAGUGGCCGAAGAAAGACGCUCCCAGCACGCUCAGCUCAUGGAGAAGAUCCGCUCUUUGACGGAAGCUGAAGAAACGCUACGAGAGGAGAUCGGCGCGUUGAAAGCGAAGAUCGAAGCGAACAGUACGGACCGGGAAAUAGCGAAUGAAAGGCAACAUGAGUUGGAGACUAAGCUAUCGAAUGCGCGACAGAACGAGGAACGCAAAACCAAAGAGCUGGAGCAAACAUUGCGGGAACUGGAGGAGCAACGAAAGAAGGAAAAUCAGCUGCAACAGGAGCUCGUAGAGCAACGCAAUCGUACGCUCGAAGUCACAGCCAAGAUGGAACUGCUGCAACAGGAGAUGGAAAGCGGUAAGAGUAAACCCGAGAGCGAGCAAGCAUCGGUCGGAUCACUCGUGAAGGACAUCAUGAAUAAUUGCUAUCAGCAACUUUGCGAUCAGAUUGCCGAUCCACACAUUCUGCGGCUGAUCGCUUCCACCAUCAAGCGUGAAACGAAGGCGGCCCUUGAUCGUGAGGCGAAAUAAAACAUAUUACCCUUUAAGCUCCGUUUGUGCGUUAUUUAUUGAACGUAACGCUAAGCCGCAUCUAAAAU